AUGAACACCAGACGAAGAUCAAUGAGACUGAGAAAUCAUAGCAACAAUAAACAUUCAGAUGAAUUUCUUACUCCAGAAAAACAAAUUAUAUCAAAUGAUAGUACCUUGCUAUUGACGCCAGACUCUGUUUCCUCCUCUUCAAAAAAAUUAAAUAUCGUUAAAAAAAGAUUAUUUAGUGAAACAGACCGUGAUGACAACAACAAUAACAAUAGUAACAAAAGAGAUAACUCCAGUCUGAAAACCCCAUGUAAAAGACAACAACUAUCGCCUAUCUCUCCAGCUCCUUCCCCACAGAAACUUGUCUUUGGUAAAGACUCCAUAUAUUCAAGGACUAAGUCCUUAUUGCAAAGAUCUGCUGGUCUAUUUGCAUUUGAGACUGGAUGUUUAAUUACUCGUGAAGAACAAUUUCAUAGAAUUAUCGACUUCUUAGAUUCAAAUAUCUCAAAUAAUAUUAGCUCCUCUCUAUAUAUCACCGGUCCUCCAGGGACUGGGAAGACUGCUCAGUUGAGUUCCAUCAUAAGAAAUAGAUUCUUACCUAUAGCUAUUCGACAAAAGAAACAAUCCAAAAAUAAGCAAAAAUUGAUCAAUUCCCAUAAGAGUCGUAAUAAUAAUAAUAAUAAUAAUAAUAACUAUGACAUCGAAUUGUUUCCCAAUCUGAGAAACCAAUGUUACUUUCAAUUGAAUAACGGCCAACAUAAAUCCGUAGUAGCCACUCUGAUCAAUUGUAUCGCAUUGAGUGAACCACGCAUGGUCUUUAACCAAAUAUACGAAUCCUUUAAUGUCACAGAUAAUACGAAAAAACCAGUCAGAACAAUAGAAGACCUGAAACACUACAUGGAAUCCUUUAAUAAAAAAAUCACUUUCUUAGUAGUCCUUGAUGAAAUAGAUAAACUGUUGUACUCUUCCAAUAAUGAUACUAUGGCCACAAAAAUUAUCUUAGAUUUGUUCCUAUUGGCAAAAUCACCAUCUUGUAACUUUCUUUUAGUUGGGGUGGCUAACAGUUUGGAUUUAAAGGAUAGAUUUCUUUCCAGACUGAAUUUGAAACAAGAGUUGUUACCAAGUACUAUUGUGUUUCAUCCUUACUCGUCAGAGGAGAUGUUUAAGAUUGUAAUGGACCGUAUCAAAACAAUCAAAAUAUCUGAUAAUGCAGACAUAGGUGCAGGUGUAGAUGGAGUUGAUGACUGCAUUUUCAAUCCAGUUGCCAUAAAAUUCGCCUCUAAGAAAUGUUCUGGUUCUACUGGUGAUAUAAGGAAGCUCUUCGACGUUUUAAGAAGUAGCAUUGAACUAGUGGAACUAGAAGUGAUUAAACAGAUCAAAAUAAAAACAGGUAUAGAAAGAAAUGAUGCCACAAGAGGGGUAACAAAUGGUUUCAAAUUAAUCAAAGUUGGGAUGCCACAUGUGGCUAAGGUAUUUUCACAGAUUAAUAAUAAUGUCUCUACGAGAUCGCGGAUUUCAAGAUUAAACAUGCAACAACGGAUUAUAUUGUGUUCCUUGGUGAACCGUGAAUCCAUCGACGUUUUCCAUAACAACUGCUCUUUGGACACCGCAUACGAUUAUUAUAAACAGUUUUUAAAGAGGAGAGAUUCUGUUAUGAAACCAUUAAACAGAAAUGAAUUCAUUGAGAUUGCCAACAAUUUAGAAACUUGUGGUGUAGUUACUAUGAACCACGGUAGAGCAACUGGAAGGACCAAACAUGUAGUUAAAAUGAUUCAAACUUCAAUAGAUAAAAAUGAAUUCGAAGAAGAAAUUCGAAAAAUGGACAUUUUGAAAAGAUUUAUCUAG